GGGGUUUUCUCCGUGCGCGCACCGCGCACGAGGGAGCAGAGGGUUUUCUUCCGCGAACUUCCUCCCCCCCCAGUCCCGUCCCUGACUCCCUCCGGCAGCGGCAGGUCGCACCGCCGCAGCCAUCGGGAGGGGUUUAAACGAACGGCGCCCGACCCCGGGGGAUUUGUUGCUCUCCCAAUCCCUGAUGAUAUUCCAAGACCAGGCUGCCCGGGCGUGCUGUGGAUCUGUUCCCCUCCAUCUCUCCCCCAAAAUUCCCGACGAUGUUCGAGUUCGAUUCCAUCAUCAGCUAGGGUUUGCAUCAACGGCGCGCUAGCCGCUUUGCUCGCCGUCGCCGCCGAUCCGCCCCGAAGGGCUGAUUCGCCGUUGAGGGCGGUCGGAUAGCUCAUCGCGCGGCUUUUGAUCGGCCUCAUGGAUGCAAGAUCGGUCGCGGGGCCUCCGCAGCCGAUCGCGCCGUCGUCCCUCCUCGACACGGCUCACCACGGCGGCGGCUCGGCUGUCCCGGAUGUAUUCAGCCUGCCCAAGACGUCGUCGACGAGCCUUACGAAGUCCGUCACCGCGGUGCACGACUUCAAGGUGACCGACUACUCGCUGCUCGAUGGCAUGGGCGUCGGCAGGUACGUCAGCUCCAGCACCUUCGCCGCCGGCGGCCGCGACUGGGCCGUCCGGUUCUACCCGGACGGCGCCACGGCGGGCUGCCUCGGCCACGUGUCCGCAUUCCUGUACUACUUCAACCGGCAGCUGGCGGCCGGCGUCAGGGCCCGGUUCACCCUGAACCUGCUCGAGAGGGACGGGAGGAUGUCCCAGCAGACGACCAACCCCUACAUGAAGCACACCUUCUCUCCGGCCAGCGACAACUGGGGCUUCAUCAAGUUCAUCGAGAAAUCCAAGCUGCUGACGGGCUCGCCGUACCUCCACAAGGACAGCCUGACGAUCAGGUGCGUCCUGACUGUCGUGAUCGAGUCCCGCACGGUGGAGGACGAAAUGAACUCGGUUGUCGUCCCGCCGCCGAACCUGCACCAGGAUUUCGGGGAGAUGCUGAAAGAUGGUGAAGGGGCAGACGUGACAUUCAAUGUGGAUGGCCAAUCGUUCCGUGCCCAUAGAUGUGUUCUGGCUUACCGGUCUCCGGUGUUUAGAGCCGAGCUCUUUGGUCCGAUGAAGGAGAAAGCUACAAGCUGUAUCAGGAUCGAUGACGUGGAGCCGUCAAUCUUCGAGGCACUCCUCCACUUCAUCUACACGGAUCGUCUGCCAGAUAGCUGCAAUGAUGGUCGGAACGCGGCGAUGCAGCACUUGCUAGUUGCCGCUGACCGGUAUGGAGUAGAGAGGCUAAGGUUGAUGUGUGAGAGUAAGCUCAGCGAAGCCAUUGAUGUGGAAACGGUGGCGACCACACUAGCCUUAGCAGAGCAGCACAACUGCUCCCAGCUGCAACGAGCUUGCAUCGGGUUCAUGGCCUCGCCCAACAUGCUUGGCCCAGUCAUGGAAUCCGACGGAUUCAAUCAUCUUGUUGCAAGCUGCCCUUUGGUUUUGAAGGAGAUUUUGGACAAGGUGUCAUGCAUUUGGAGUGAUAAUCAGCACCGGUGACCAGUGAGUGAUACUGAAUUUUAGAUGCCUUUGGUUAUCUGAAGUCUUGUGCUUUACUGUGAUAUCUUGGGAGUAAGACUUCUCAAGCAUGUAAGAACAGUAACAUGAAUCCAUGAUAAAUUGACUCUAGCUCUUUUAAUGUAAAAUUUCUGUAGG